AUGUCGGGCGAGCAUGAACUUGUUGAUUUUCUGCACGGAUUUCGCUAUCCAUUUCAGUCAAAGAGGCUGUCAACUAUCGAAAGUCUUCACAGAUGCUGGUCUAAAAGAUGUCUGGCUAUGCGGAAGUACUUUCGCAAACUUGUGGAGCAGAGAGUAAGCUUGGACACAAAAUUGAUAUAUUACAUAGAAAACAUGCAUCGUGGGCCGGAUGCAAGUGUUUUCUUCUGUGCGCGGCCUAUGCAAGCGGCGCUUAGCAGAAAAGGAUUUCUCCUAAUCCUGCUUGCCAUCUCAAGUAUGUAUCUUUCGUUGACGACAGUUUGGACAAGAAAGUAUUUCAACAAUGGUUACACCACAUAUCGCCAUUUCAAGUUUGCAGUACUGAGAGAGAGAGAGAACAAGUCAGUCGGGAGCCCGAACGUCAAACACUUUGGAAUGAUGAGAGAUGGAGGAGAUGUAGUCCAUGACUUGAGACAGCCCGGCUUGAUCGGUCAGUAUCAGGUUCACAAGAACGGUACCAUCAACCUCGACUACGAAUUCCCAGUGCAGAGCAACGGCUUCUAUUUCAUAACAUCUGACAACAUGACAGAACGCGAUCCCACAUCCUUCACUGUCUCUGGAUCUCACGACAGACAAGAAUGGACGAUCAUCGGGGCUUCGCAAUACCAGGUGGAUCUGCUGGCAGUCAACACUGGCGACCUUGCCAUCUUCAAGUUCGGCCAAGGUGACUACAACACUUCCAUGGCAAGGAACUAUGUGGAAAGCUUCGAUCUCAGCGCUCCGAGUGUAGAGAUGCUUCUCAUCCUUCUCAUGGCGUUGAUGAGGACUCUGUCACUCGGUGUACCUGCUGUGCUGGGCUUGUUGAGGCGAGAGCACAUUGGCAAGAUUUGGAUGCAAUAUGGUAUCUUGAUUAUUGUGGUUACUCUCUGUCUCAUUGCCUACAUGGAUCGUGAUAAUCGGACGAGUACGCUUCUGCUCGCCUUCUCUUCGUUCAGCGUGUUCGUUAUCAUCUUCUUCUUCGAGAAUGAGAUGUACUACUGGACGGCUUCGCUCCUCACCUUCUUCGGGUGGCUGGUGCUGGGGCUCCUGAUGUCUUACCCCAAUUUUGUGAAAGUCGGUUUGAUAGUCUCGCUUGCAAGCUUGUUCAUCCUCCUCUACAGAUUUCACGUGACCUACACCAGCCUGAACCUCGUGAUGCAAGACAAGGCUCGUUACGAUGCCGGUUGGAAGAUCGUGUUGGAGUACCUUGGGCAGGACGAGCAGCUCGACUCGCUGCGGGAAAUGUCCAAGGAGAUCAGCAAGAGCUGCCAGAACAAGAGUGCGCGGCAGGAGGACUCGAUAAAGCGGGUUCGGACGUCGGUGUCCUACACCUCAGUAGAGUCGGAGAUCGAAGUCCCUGUCGCCCCUCCUGUUUGGAGGAAGCAAGCAUGGCACUCCUCGCUAUUUGGCAAUGCCGUGCUGUCUCUCGACCGGCUGUUUGCGCAGGCAGCAAGCAUGCAGUACAUCCUCCUUGCCAAGGUUCAGCGAUGGGCGAUGCUGUCACGAGGAUACGUCUCGUUGGCUGGGAACUCGGAAAAGGACACCUUCGUGCUGUGGGAGGAGGCUUGCAAGUACCAGGAUAUGCUAUCGUCUGUCAAGUGGGCGGACACAAAGAGCGAGACUCGAGCGAUCGAGAAGGCAGUGCGAUGUUACGGCGGCGACGUCUCGCGGCUUCGUGACAUCUGCCGGCAGACUCUGGUCUUCGACGACAUCGCAAGCGUGUGCAAGUGUCUUGACAUCAUCAAGAACGACGUCGACACGGAGAUCGUGAGGAUCACGGACAAGAUGUCAGGGACAGAUAGCUUCUCCGACUACUUCGGCAGGAGAGAUGUCACGGUCAACGUCCGGCUGCGCACCAAGGAGGCGGUCCUGCUGGGCGUACAAGGCCACAUCUCCGAAGUCCGCCUCACCCUCAUGUCCAUGGCGGCGCUGGAGAACACGCAGUCGCACAUGCGGUACAUCAAAGUUCGCAACCUCAUCGGACGCUGA